GCCGGAUCCCAAACCACAUGGGGAAGCGACACAGGCCCUUUCUCCUCACCUCAAAAUGCAGCCCACGGCCACCAUGGCCACGACUGCCGCCACCACCACCACAGACAUCCUGACCACGACGUGGGACAAUACCACAGGCCACCCCACUGCGGAGCCUGACCCCAUCCUGGACAACUAUAUGCUAUUGGUGGUGGUGAUGUCACUCUUUGUUGGGGGAACCCUCGUGGUGCUGUCCGGUGUGUUGCUCCUGUGCAGGCGCUGCUGGGAAGUCCACCAGGGCUUCAACAGAGCCACGGAGGAGGCAGAGAAGACGACUACCACCUACUUGGACACCAGCACCCACCGGGUCCAAGACCCCGAAUUGAGGGGGGAGGACCUCGAGGGCCAGGAUGCAGAGACCGAGCGCUUCCUGUCUACCAGCUCAACCGGGCGCCGCGUAUCCUUCAACGAGGCAGCCCUGUUUGAGCAGAGCCGGAAGGCGCAAGACAAGGGCCGAAGGUAUACCCUGACAGAGGGGGACUUCCACCACCUGAAGAACGCUCGCCUCACCCACCUGCACCUGCCACCGCUCAAGAUUGUCACCAUCCAUGAGUGUGAUUCCAGCGAGGCCACUGCAACCACCAUGCCUCACCCCACAGCACCUCCCAAGGCCAGCCUUGCCAUAUUCCAGCCCCCGGGGAAGGCCCUCACUGGCCGCUCCGUGGGCCCCAGCUCCGCAUUGCCAGGUGACCCCUACAACCCUGCCACGGGCCCUGCUGACUUCGAGAUCAGCUCCUCCUCAUCCAGUGACUCCGGGGAAGGCACCUCGACGGAUGCGGGUGCCAAGAUCACCAAGCCUGGCAGGCUGGGGACCUCUGUGGGGCCCCGGGAGGCAGGUCCAGGCUCUGGGGCGGGCCCAGUCCUGCAGUUCUUCACCCGCCUAAGGCGCCAUGCCAGUUUGGAUGGGGCCAGCCCCUACUUCAAGGUCAAAAAAUGGAAGCUGGAACCUAGCCAGCGGGCAUCAAGUCUGGACACGAGAGGCUCCCCCAAGCGACACCACUUCCAGCGGCAGCGAGCAGCCAGCGAGAGCAUGGAGCAGGAGGAGGGGGACACCCCUCACAUGGACUUCAUCCAGUACAUUGCCAGCACAGGCGCUGCUAUGGCCUUCCCGCCCCCCUGCCCCUUUCUGGCCAGCCCCACCAGCCCGUCCCCCGCUCUCGGCAGGCUAGAGGUGGAGGAGGAGGAGGCAGGCGCCGCGGGAGGAGUGAACCCCGAGCCCCCCUCGGAGCGCAGCUUAGGUGGUGCGGGGCCUGACCAGCAGCAGGAGUCAGACAGUGAGCGGGAUGCAGGGCCAGAGCAUGCCCAGACCAUCUACCGCGACAUCUGGAGCCUCCGUGCCUCUCUUGAGCUGCACGCGGCCACCGCCUCAGACCACAGCAGCAACGACCGUGACUCGGUACGCAGCGGAGACAGCUCUGGCUCCGGGGGCACGGCGCCCGCCUUCCCACCGCCCUCGCCGCCGCUCACACUGCGGCCCUCCGAUGGCGAGGUGGGAGGGCCCCGCAAGCUGCUGCAGAUGGACAGUGGCUAUGCCAGCAUCGAGGGACGCAGCACGGGUGACGAUGGGCCUCCUAGUGCGCCCGAGAAACCCUCCUCCUUCCCUAGUAUGGGCCACGCGGCUAUAGUUGGGGGCAGCUUCGACGGGGCCGCUGCCGAGGAGUCCCCCUGGCCUUGCAGCCCGCGUGCCUGGCCUCGCCGCACACCACGCCGGGACUACAGCGUGGACGAGAAGACCGAUGCACUCUUCCACGAGUUCCUGCGCCACGACCCACACUUCGACGAUGUACCACCCAUGGCUGGGCGCCAUCGAGCUCGUGCUCACCCGCACACUCACGCACGCAAGCAGUGGCAGCAGCGGGGCCGGCAGCACAGUGACCCCUGCGAGCGCGCUGCACCCUCUGCACCCCCGGGGCCUGACCCUCGCCCCACACGUGCGCCUCUGCGCCGUGGCGACAGCGUCGACUGCCCACCCGACAGCCGCGCAGGUGAAGACCCAGCCGGCCCCCCAGCACCCACCAUUCCUGCCAUUGAGGAGGAGCCUGGCGGCAGGUGCCCAGGAUCGGGCCUGUGUGCCCGGCCCUCAGAGGUACUGCUGGACAAGCUAGCAUCUGGCCUCGAGAACAGACUCUUACUGCCACACCUCGCCCAGCCCGUUACCGCGGCCCCCAUGCUGGCCACCGCCACUGCAGCACCCACAUCCCCGGACCACAGCCCCGCCUAAGCCCCGCACCCCGCUCUCCUAUUGCGUGCACAAGGCCUCCGUGGCCAGUCCUACCAGCAGCACGAGGUCCCGGUGAGCGUGUGCUGAGACCAGGGGUCCUCAGGUGCAAGAGUACUGCCCCCGACAACCCCAUGCUGCCGCGGUGUGCCUGUGCACAGUCCCCUCCAGUCACUAAGCUGGGUUCCUGCAUCAUUCCAAGGCACAAGGACCCUGGCCUAUCUGGAGGGAGCAAGGCGUAUUCUCAUCUUUGCGCUACUGAGGAACAUGUUCACUUGCCCUUACCUGAACCGGUGUAGCCUCUGGAUGGUGGUAGGGCUUUCAUUCACAGGAGAUGGCUGCAACCUAGAGGGACUGCAGCCCGAUUGCGUGAGACAUAAGUGCAGAGUGCCCCUCCCAGGGCCAAGUGAGCUUUGAGGCACGUCUGGUCUGUAUUUGCUGAGUUCACGCCAGGGUGCAUGCUCCAAGCUCACUGGGACAUGGACCACAGGGUGCUGAGGAUUGGCAAAGAGUGGACCGGCAUGGCUGCCAAUUCCCCUCCCUGAAGCUGUUACCUCACUGGGGCGUGUGUUCCGGUGUGUUCAACUGCAGACCAAGCCUCCUCCAAGCAAUAACCAUGCCCACUGCUGCUGCUGUCCCCAGCCCUGGAAGAACCCUCCCUCUACCCUCCUCCCCAGUCUGCAGUCGCCCUGCCCUGCGCAUGUGAGUGGUGCGCCAGCCCCGCAGCCGCACAUCCAAAGAGCCCCAAGACUUAUCAGUGUUUGAAACUUACACAAACCCAAUCGGCCAAGGUUUCAAGUUUCCCAAGCUUUAUUUAUUGCCAAAAGAUGGGGCAGCUGAGCCACACCGCCCCAUCCCUCAAAGCUUCCUGCAUUCUGUGUACCUUAGUGAUGGAGUUUGUUUUGUUUAAUGGUUGAUUAUAAAUAUUUACUGCAUA